CCGCAGUCUGGCCCCAGUUCCUCCCAGGACACCAUGGCUGUCGUCCUGGAGCACUGAGCCGAGCCCCCUCUGCAGCAAGGAUGGCGACCGCCGGCUUCGGUUUCUUGAUCGGCGUGCUCACCGGCGUCCUCGGAGUGCUUAGCGGCGGCGUCGGCGCCGACCGGAACUUCCUUUUAACGCAGCCGCAGUUUCGCGUCGAGAACGGCCACCUCUUCAUCGAGGGCCCCAGGAACAUCACGAUCAACGCGGGCCUGAGCCUCAACGUGCAGGGCCAGGACCUGGACAGGGUGGUGAACAUGAUGCGCGCCAUGUCUCCGCGGCUCGACGACUUCCGGGGCCCGGGCGGCCCGGCGUCGCGGCUGCAGAUGGCCCGCCUCGCGGGCCUCACGGAGGACCUGCGCGCCAUCGGCAUCCGCGUGCGCCACCUGGAGGCCGCCGUCGGCAACUCGACUGGAGGGGGACGCUUGAACACGACGCAGAGGAACAGCGUGAACCGCAGACUGCGGGCGGUGGAGCGCCGGCUGCGGACUCUGGAACGCACCCUCAUGACCAACGAGUGCGCCAGCAACCCCUGCAUGCACGGCGGCGCUUGCGAGGACGUCUACAACGGCUUCAUCUGCAGGUGCCCCGCCGGCUGGGAGGGCACCGUGUGCGAGCUGGACGUGGACGAGUGCGCGCGCCUGCUCGGCACGGACCUGGGCUGCCAGAACGAGGCGGUGUGUGUCAACACGCCGGGCUCGUACCGCUGCAACUGCAAGGCGGGCUUCUUCGGCACGCACUGCAUGCAGCAGUCGUACAGCUGCGCGGCCGGCAACGACCUCUGCGGCAACGGCGUGUGCGUGCAGAAGGGCGCCAGCGACUUCAGCUGCAUCUGCAGCCAGGGCUGGAGGCAGGACCCCGCGACGCGCGCCUGCACCGUGGACGAGGACGAGUGCGCCGCGUCGCGGCCCGCCUGCUCCCACGACCCGCCCGUGCCCUGCAUCAACCUGCCGGGGUCCUUCCGCUGCGGGUCCUGCCCCCAGGGCUUCGCCGGCAACGGCUACUACUGCACCGACGUCGACGAGUGCCUCGUCAACAACGGCGGCUGCUCCGUCUCGCCGUCCGUCCAGUGCAUCAACACCCGGGGCUCCAGCGUGUGCGGCCCCUGCCCGCCGGGCUACGUCGGCGACGGCCGCAGCUGCAGCUUCCAGGGCGUGUGCAACGUCAACAAUGGCGGCUGCCACCCGCUGGCGACCUGCAUCCACCUGCCCGGCUCCGGUCAGUCGGUGUACUGCGUGUGCAUGGCGGGCUACGCGGGCAGCGGCGUGGGCCCCCAGGGCUGCUUCCCCGCCAACACGACGUCCGCGGCGCCGAGCGGGCCCUGCGCGUCCAGCCCCUGCCGCAACGGCGCGGCCUGCACCAACUCGGCGGGAAGCUACACCUGCACCUGCCGUCCCGGCUUCAAGGGCCGCGACUGCGAGACGGCGGACCCCUGCUCGUCCAGCCCGUGCCAGAACGGCGGCACCUGCAUCAAGGCCGACGCCGACUUCACGUGCGACUGCCCGGACGGCUUCACCGGGGAGCGCUGCGAGACGCGGCAGGACGCGUGUGGAGGCUUCCUCCGCAGCGAGGCGGGCACCUUGAGGUUCCCGCACUCCAACAACUCCAACGUGUACCCCCACGGCGUCAACUGCGGCUGGGUCAUCAUCACCAACACCUCCAUGGUGCUCAACGUCACCUUCACGCACUUCGAGGUGGAAGACGGCACGCAGUGCAACUACGACUGGCUGCAGAUUCACGACGGUCCGACGUCCGGGAGCCACCAGAUCGGCCGCUUCUGCGGCCUCCAGCUGCCCAAGGACGGCCACAUCAUGUCCACGCACAACUCGCUGUACCUGUGGUUCCGGGCCGACUCCAGCAUCGCCAAGAGGGGCUUCGAGCUGCACUGGACCUCCGUCAAGCCGGAGUGCGGCAGCCUGAUCGAGCUGGAGUCCCACGCGUCCAUCAGCUCGCCCGGGUCGCCGGGCAAGUACCCGGCCAACCGGGACUGCUACUGGGUCGUCAUGGCGCCGCCGGGCCGCCGGGUGCAGCUGCACUUCUUCUCGAUGCAGAUCGAGAACCACCCCAACUGCAGCUUCGACUUCCUGGAGGUCCGCGACGGCCUGGACUCGGACAGCCCGCUGCUGGCGCGCUACUGCAACUCCAGCCACGUACCCGCGCCGCUCGUCGGCUCCGGCAACACCCUCACGCUGUACUUCCACUCGGAUGCCAGCGGCCAGGACGGCGGCUUCCAGAUCGCCGCGUCCGCCACCGAGGGCACGCCGGGGUGCGGCGGGGUGCUGACGGAGCCCUCGGGCGUGGUGACAGCCCCCAAGGGCGCCGACGGCAACUACCGCUCCAACAUGGACUGCGGCUGGAAGAUCCAGGUGCCGGUGUCGGAGCGCAUCAGCAUCGAGUUCGAGGACGAGUUCGACAUCGAGCAGAUCGACGGCUGCAUGUUCGACUACCUGGAGAUAUACGACGGCCCGGACCAGAACGCGCCGGUCGUGGGCAAGUUCUGCAGGACCAAGCCGCCCAGAGUCGUGUCCUCCUCCAACACCAUGUUCGUGUUCUUCCACACCGACACGUCGUACCAGAAGGCCGGCUUCACGUUCCGCUACGAAGUCGAGUGCGGCGGGGUCUUCACCGAGCUCCAGGGCGCCUUCUCCUCGCCGUACUACCCCAACCCGUACCCCAUGAGCCGGCGGUGCGUCUACGAGAUCCGCCUCGCGCCCAAGACGGCCGUGUCGCUCGAGUUCCAGGACUUCGACGUGGAGGACAACAGCGGCAACGGCUGCUUCUACGACAGCGUGACGGUGCGCGACGGGUACGACACCAACGCCACAGCCAUCGGCACGUACUGCGGCAUGAAAGCGGACCUGCCCGACCACCCCCUCGUGUCCACGCACAACAACAUGUUCAUCGAGUUCGUGACGGACAACUCCCUCGGCGGCCGUGGCUUCCGGGCCAACUACUCCGCCAUCGACCUGAUGUGCGGCGGCAUCCUCAAGGACCGCCACGGCCUCAUCGAGUCGCCCCGCGGCUCCGACGGCAACCACCCGUCGGACGCCAAGUGCUCCUGGCUGCUGGUGGCGCCGCCGGGCCACGUGGUGCAGCUCACCUUCGUCUCGCUGGUGCUGGAGAAGACGCGCGAGUGCGACUUCGACUACGUCGCCGUGUACGACAACAGCACCGUGCCGGGGAUGGGCGGCCUGCUCGGCAGGUUCUGCGGGAAGACCAUCCCGCCGGUGAUGACGUCCACGGACAGCGUGAUGAACGUGGUCUUCCGCUCCGACAGCUCGCUCAACAAGGAGGGCUUCACGGCCACCUACACCUUCCUGGACCAGACCAAAGUGUGCGGCGCCAAGUUCCUGUCCCCGAGCGGCGUGGUGAGCAGCCCCAACUACCCCAACAACUACCCCAGCGGCAGGGACUGCGUGUACUCGCUGCGCGUGCCCAACGGCCAGCAGAUUCGCCUCAACUUCACGGACUUCGACCUGGAGGACUCGCACAACUGCAACUGGGACUCGAUUGAGAUCAGGAACGGCGGCUCGGAGCGCUCGCCGCUCGUGGGCAAGUACUGCGGCACGAAGGCGCCGCCCGUGAUCCUGUCCAUCACCAACGAGCUCUCGAUCCGCUUCAAGUCGGACACGAACCGCGCGGGCCGCGGCUUCCGCUUCCUGUGGGACUCGGCCUCCCAGGGCUGCGGCGGCACGCUGUCGGCGUCCUCGGGCACCAUCCACUCCCCCAACUACCCGCAGCCGUACGGCAACCGCGCCGAGUGCUACUGGAGCAUCGCCGUGGCGCACGGCUCCGUCGUCAAGGUCAUGUUCACCGACCUGGAGCUGGAGACCAGCACGCGCUGCAUCUUCGACUACGUGGAGCUGUGGGACGGCCUGCCCACCGUCGGCAAGCAGCUGGGCCGCUAUUGCUCCGGCCGGCCGGACCCCGUCGUGUCCAAGACCAACCACAUGUACGUGCGCUUCCACUCCGACGCCAUGUUCAACAGCCGGGGCUUCGCGCUGGACUACGAGUCGACGUGCCAGGCCAACCUCACCGGCCUGCACGGCGUCCUGGAGAGCCCCAACUGGCCCAACGCCCCGCCGCGCCGCGCCGACUGCAUGUGGACGGUGACGGUGCCGCGCGGCAACACCAUCAACAUCACCUUCUCGCACAUCGGGCUGGAGCUGCCCUUCGCCAUCCCGGGCCGCGGCUUCUACCGGCUGGGGCAGUUCCGCGGCGGCCGCCCGACCUGGGGCAGGGCCUUCGUCACGCCGAGCACCGCCGCCGAGAUCCGCGACGAGCAGUACCAGUCCGUGCUCUCCUGCAACUACAUCUACGUCCUGAUCCGCGACAGCCAGAAGGACCCGGAGACGGACGAGGAGAGUCCGGGCCCGGAGCUGGGCCGCUUCUGCGGCUCCAAGCUGCCGCCCAUGGUGGCCUCCAAGACCAACAAGGUCUACGUCAGCUUCAACAGCCCCACGUUCUCGCCCAACUCGGGCUUCCGACUGGAGUGGGUGUCGGAGGGUUGCGGCGGCGAACUGCGCCGCCCGGAGGGUGCGUUCACCUCGCCCAACUACCCCACGUACUACCCGACGGACCGCGUGUGCGAGUGGACCAUCGUCGGCGACUGGGGCACCAGCAUCGAGCUCACCAUCUGGGACAUGAGCAUGGAGCACGUCCCGAACUGCGUGUUCGACAGCAUUUCGGUGUACGGCGGCCCGGACGACACCGCCCCGCGACUCGCCAACCUGUGCCACACCGAGGCCAAGCCCAUCACGUACACGUCGUCCAGCCGGUACAUGUUCGUGCGCUUCGUCACGGACCACUCCUUCAGCGGGCGGGGCUUCAACGCCAGCUACCGCCGCGUCGACGGCCGCUGCGGCGGCCGCCUCACGGCGCCGUACGGCCAGCUCAACUCGCCGGGCUACCCCAAGAACUACGGGCCGGCGGACGACUGCGUGUGGAACAUCGAGGUGGCCGAGGGGCACUCGGUGCGCCUGACGCUGGAGGACCUGGACAUCGACUACAGCCGCAACUGCAGCAGCGACUACCUCAAGGUGGUGGACGGCCCCAGCCUGGAGGACGACGGCGAGCUGCUGCGCCUUUGCGGCUCGCGGAUCCCGGAGAACAGGACGACCGUCACGUCCAAGGCCAACACCAUGACGGUGCGGAUGAAGUCGGACGGCACGCGCACCGCCAAGGGCUUCCGCGCCAGCUACGCCACGGUGUGCGGCGCCUUCAUCACGGUCACCGACGGCGGCGUCAUCUCCUCCCACGAGGCCAUCAACAUGGCCGGCGACAACGCCAACUGCACGUGGACGCUGGUGGCGGCGGACGCCGGCCAGCACGUCACCCUCACCAUCACCCAGCUCGUCGUCAGCCACCUGGACGAGGAGGGGGAGACGGAGCAGUGCGUGGACAACAACCACCUGGAGGUGUGGGAGGGGCUGGACAACAGCGGGCAGCUGCUGGGCCGCUACUGCACGUCGCACCUGCCGCGCCCCAUCACCAGCCGCGGCGCCGCGCUGCACGUCAACCUCGUCUCGCCCCACAACACCUUCCACGGGUGGUUCUCGGCCGCCUACUCCGUGCUCAGCAAUGCCUGUGGCGGCACGUACAACGCGGAGAGGGGCUCCAUCGCGUCGCCGGGGUACCCGGACAGCUACGCGCCCGGCGUCGAGUGCGAGUGGACCAUCAAGAGCGCCCCGGGCAACCGCGUGCAGCUGGCCUUCUCGGCCUUCAACCUGGUGGCCUCGCAGGGCUGCGUCGACGACUACCUGGAGGUGCGCGAGGAGCACGCCCUGGGCGCCGUCAUCGGCGUGUUCUGCGGCUCGGACGCCGUGCCCACCAACGUGUCCUCCUCCAAGUCCCUGUGGAUCAAGUUCCGGAGCGACGACGCCGACACCGCGCCCGGCUUCCUCGCGGACUUCGCUCUCGCGCACGGUGAUUUGAACCUGUCGGGCCCCGAGGGCCAGAUCGCCUCGCCACUGUACCCCAGCCCCUACGCGCAGAACGCCGACCUGCAGUGGCGCAUCACGGCCACCGCGGCCACCAAGGUCAUCAGCAUCACCAUCAAGGACCUCAACACCGACUACUUCAGCGAGGACUGCGAGAUGGUCUACUUGGCGGUGUACGACGGCGUGGACGAGACGGCGCCCAAGCUGUUCAAGGGCUGCGGCGGCGCGCUGCCCCCGCCCAUGACCACCACGUCCAACGUGGCCUUCGUGCGCCUCUACACCCACCCCAUCCGGCGCGCCUCCGCCUUCCUGCUGCAGUGGCGCGAGGUGGCGCGCAACGCCGAGACCGUCGUGGAGGCCAGCGCCGGCGACAAGUGCGGCGCGGCGGUCCACCUCCCCGCCGGCGGCAAGUACAACUUCACCAGCCCCGGCUACCCGGCGGGCUACGGCCAGCACCUCAACUGCACCUGGGUGCUGGACACGGACCCGGGCUGGCACCUGGCCAUCUUCUUCAACGACAUGGACCUGGAGGUGACGCCCGGGUGCGUGCUGGACCGCGUGCUGGUGUCCACGGGCGAGGGCGGUGGUCCCAACUGGAAGCUGCAGUACACCCUGUGCCUGCCCAACGUCACCUACAACUCCUCGCUGGUCGCCACCAACUUCAUGCUCGUCAACUUCCUGUCCGACUGGGGUGUCAACGGCACGGGCUUCGCCGCCACCGUGUACUCGGUGUGUGGCGGCGAACUACGCGGCCCGAGCGGCGUCAUCACCGCCCCCAACGACACCACCAUCGCACACAUGCCCCGCGUGGAGCCGUCGUGCGAGUGGGUGGUGACGGCGCGACAGGGCCGCACCCUGGCCGUCAGCUUCCUCGACCUCGACAUCAGCCCCGAGGCCGGCGAGGGCCAGGGCCCCGAGACCUGCGGCAACUCCUACGUGCUGCUCAAGAACGGUGGCUCCGCGGCGUCCCCGCUGCUCGGCGACGGCAAGUACUGCGGCAGGGGCAGGCCCACCGUGCCCGAGACGACCGGAAACCAGCUCUACGUCCGGUACCGCGCGCACCAGCCCAACACGAGGUUCGUGCUCCGCUACGACCAGAAGUCCGGGGACUGCAGCCGCGAGAUCCGGCUGCUGGACUCGGGCGCGGCGGAGCGCAUCGCCACGCCCAACCACCCCAACAUCCCCAACCCGCACACCGAGUGCGUGUGGUUGGUCAUGGCGCCGCCCGGCCGCCGCGUGCGCAUGGACUUCGACGGCCGCUUCGACGUGUCGUCCUCGACGUCGUCGUCGUCCUCGUGCGUGAAAAGCGCAGUGGAGCUCCGCGACGGCGCCACGGAGUCGGCAGCGCUCAUCGGCACGUUCUGCUCCACGCUGCCCAGCACGCAGGAGUCCACGGGCAACGUGCUGCGCGUCCGCUACUUCAACGACGAGGCCCUGCCCGGCAACGGCUUCACCGCCAACGUGUCCGUCGCGACCUGCGGCGGCACCAUCCGAGGUGCCUCGGGCACCAUCACCUCGCCGGGCUACCCCGGCCACUACCCGCCGUCCACGCGCUGCGAGUGGCGGCUCGUCGUCAGCCCCACCGCCACCAUGACCCUCUCCUUCAAGGACCUGCACGUGUACGGCAACUCGCGCCUCUGCAUGGACAACGUCACCGUCACCAGCAUGGCCAAGGGCGGCUUCAACGACACCGACGUGAUUCUCGGCUCGUUUUGCGGCAUCGCGCCGCCCGCCAACGUCACCAGUCUGGGCAACGAGGUGAAGGUCGUCUUCCAGUCCGGGCCCCGCGGUCUGCUGCAGUACCGCGGCUUCUCUCUGCAGUUCUCCUCCAACAAGGAAGUGUGUGGCGGCACCCUGGAGAUGGCCCGCGGCACCAUCCGCAGCCCCGGCUACCCGUCCAAGGUGCCGCGGCAGCGGUGCGUGUGGACCAUCAAGGCGCCCGAGGGCCGCCGCAUCACCAUCACCUUCAAGGACGUGGACCUCUCCCCGGCCGCCUUCCCGCGCUACAACAUGCAGAGGAUAUGGCUGUACCACGGAUUGGAAGAGACAGUGCCCAUGCGCAACCUCAACUACACCCUGAAGCAGGGCACCUCUUUCGAGUCCACCUCCAACUCGCUGGUCGUGGUGCUCUACUCGCUCAUCGCCACCAACAACAGGGGCUUCGUCCUCGACUUCGACACGGACAAGCCCGUCGCUUGCGGGGCGCCGCCGUCCACGGCCGUCAACGGGACCCUGGACCAGCCCACCGACGCCGGCCUCGAGUCCUUCUUGUGCAGCUGGCGGCUGGACGCGCCCCCCGACGGCGGCAGCCCCGCCACCAGCCCGACGCAGACGCUGGCCGUGCGCGUCUCCAGGCUGCAGCUGCCGGGCACCGUCAGGUUCCCGUGCCACCGGUACUCCACGCGAGUGCUGGUGCAGGAGACAGAUGGGACCGCGGUCACGCGGCUCUGCGGCCCGCUGAAGGAGCCCGUCACCAUCGUCAGCCCCUACAUGAGCAACAUGGUCGUGGCGAGCCACCCCUGGUACGAGCGUUCCAUGAACUUCACCAUGGACUACCGCUGGUACAAGUGCGGCGGCGUGCUGGAGAACCCCGUGGAGCUGACCAGCCCCGGCUACCCGGCCAGCUACCCGGCCAACAUGCACUGCGCCUGGAAGAUCGUCUUCGACGAGGGCAAGCAGGCCUUGGUGACGUUCGAGCGCGUGGACCUCCGCUCGUGCGACGACGUCCUGGAGGUGCACAACGGUGACAGCAGGACCUCGCCCAAGCUGGGCCCGUUCUGCCAGAGGGCGGACCCGCUGCACUCGUCGGGCCGCCACCUGUGGGUGGAGUUCCACUCGGGGCCCGACAAGCCCGGCAAGAGCGGCGGCGCCUUCAAGCUCUCCUUCGCCACCGACGCCAGGGCUUGCGGCGGCAUCCUCCACGGCACGUCGGGCACCUUCUCGUCGCCGGGCUUCCCGCGCGGCUACGCCGACAACGUGGAGUGCUCGUGGGAGGUGCGCGCCGAGCGGGGCUACCGCGUGUCGCUGCGCUUCGUGGAGCGCUUCAACAUCCAGCAGCGCGACAACUGCACCGGCGACCACCUGGAGGUGGUGGACUACGACGAGGAGGCGGCGGCAUGGCGGUCGGUGCGUCGCCUGUGCGGCCGGACGCCCCUCGCCGACGGCGAGACGCUGCUGUCCUCUGGCGCGCGGCUGCGCCUCAUCUUCCGCUCCGACGGCUCGGGCUCGGCGGAGGGCUUCAAGGCCGCCUGGGGCGUGGCCUGCGGCUUCAAGCGCACGCUCACGCCGGCCCGCCCCCGCGGCGAGGUGCUGUCGCCCGGAUUCCCCGUCGGAUACGCGGCCAACCUCAACUGCAGCUACGAGCUGCUGGCCCCCGGCAGGGUCAUCCAGGCCCGCUUCACCAACUUCAGCGUGGAGACGGCCAAGACGUGCCAGUACGACAACGUGACCAUCAUCCGGCAGUUCGACGAGGACCCCACCGUGCCCUACAACUCGGACGGCGGCUACCGGACCGUACACUGUGACCACCGGCAGCCGCCCGCGGAGCUGCGCGUCAGCAACAGGCUGUACUUCACCUUCCAGACGGACCGAUGGGUGCAGCAGCAGGGCUUCCGGCUCGAGUACCACCUGGACGACUGCGACGAGGACAUCACGACCCCGGCGGAGAUCCGGUCGCCGUCCAAGGACGGGCAGUACACCAACACGGCCAACUGCACCUACAACGUCACCGCGCCGCCGGGCCAUGUGGUUGCGAUCAGGUUCAGCUCGUUCGUGGUGGAGAUGUCGUUCGACUGCUUCUCCGACUCGCUGGCGGUGUACGACGGCGCGACGGCCAACGAAUCCGCCAUCCUGGGCCGCUUCUGCGGCAACCUGACGGCCAACCUGCCCCGCCUGCAGAGCACGGGCCGCAGCCUGCUGCUGCGCUGGCAGACGGACUCCAGCAUCACGGCCGCGGGCUUCGUCGCGCACGUCUGGUUCUUCAGCGGCAACUGCGGCACUGUCAGCCGGUCCGGGUCCGGCAACACGGAGUCCGCGCUGGCGCCGGCUUCGGCGCUGCAGCUGGGCGUCGGCGAGAGCCUCGUCAUCAGCAUGAAGCACCCGCUGGCCUUCCAGCACUGCGACUGGUCGCUGACGGCGCCGGACGGCUACACCGUGUCCGUGACGGUGGACAGCGUGGCGCUGCUGGCGCCGUGCCCCAACGCCACGCUGCACCACCGCGACGCGUGUUCCUGCAGCUACCUGGAGCUGGCCGACGGUCUGACGCAGUUCUCCACGAGCAUGGGCAAGUUCUGCCGCGCGCAGCCGCCGCCCCGGCUCACGUCCUCGGACCGCAGUGUGCUGGUGCGGCUGGUGGCGGGGCCGGCGGAGGCGCAGGGCACACUGGUGAUCCGCGCCGCCGCGGUGCGGUCCGUGUGCGGGCCCUCCACCUUCCGCCUCAACGAGAACAUCACCGAGCUCGUCCUCAAUUCCCCCGGGUUCCCGUCGACGCCGCCCGCCGCCGUGCGCUGCCAGUGGGUCGUGGAGACGCAGUACUCGGUGGGCUCCGUGAACGUGACCACGCUGGACCUCAACGGGCCGGCCCAGUGUCGCGGCCACGCCUUCUCGACCGGCCGCCUGGACAUCUACAAGGGCGCUGGCGGCACUUGGUCUUCCCGCAACGACACGCACAUCGGCCGCCAGCUGGGCCAUCUCUUGACGUACCCUGGCAUGACGCUGGACGCCUACACCGACCCGUCGCCGCACUCCUUCUGCGACAACAAGAGGCCCCCGGUGAUGAACUUCGGGCUGUUCACGCAGUCGAUCACCAUCGUGUACUCCUCCGGGGAGAGGCCCGUCGGGAAGGGCUUCCAGCUGCGCGUCGUGGCUGGCAAAGGGUGCCCCGCCGCUGAGAUGGCGGAGCCGUCGGGCAACGUGUGGUUCCCCUCGGACAAGCUGAGCUGCAAGGUGCGCAUCACCGCCCCGGCCAACAGCACCGUCACCUUCGUCAUGACGGACACGGCCUACGUGGCGGAGUCCACGAACUGCGUCGAUGGUGGCGUCCAGCUUUUUGAUGGCCGGGAGACGACCAGCCCGUCGCUAGGCACCGUCUGCGGCUCGGACAUGCGCAGGGCCUUCUCGUCCACGGGGCCCAACCUGCUGAUCAACUACUGGAAGAAGGACGACAACAUGUACUCCAACGUGGAGGGCUGGUAUUACACCACCGACCAAGGCCCCGGCUGCGGCGGCAGCAUCCACCGCGAGAGCGGCCACGUGGCCAGCCCCAUGUACCCCGCGCCCUACCGCAACAGCUCCACGUGCCGCUGGGACAUCGAGGUGCCCGGCGCCCGGAACCCCGUGCUCCAGUUCAAGGUGUUCGACUUGGGCCCGAACGCGCUGUGCGCCACGGACUACAUCAAGGUGUUCGACGUGGACGUGGACGGCUCCGAGCAGGAGCGGGGGCACUUCUGCGACCAGACGAAGCCCAGCCUGAUCCGUGGCGCCACGCACCGCCUCGCCAUCAAGUACACCACGAGCGCGCUCAACGGCGGCACGGGCUGGUUCGCCGAGUUCAUCGGCCUGGGCUCCGGGGAGCACUUCCCUGGGACGUAGGGCGCAUGACGUAGAACAGUGCGGUGUAAUUUAUUUUGCCAAAGAAAACGAGUCAUUUUAAUAAAAUAAACUUUAAUUGGGA